AUGUACCAGCACAUCCUGAUGCCAUUGUGCGUAAAUAACCACUGGGUGUUGUUGGUUGCUGAAGUUCAGAAAAGAACAGUUGGAGUUUUGGAUUCACUGAAUAGAGACAACACUGCAAUUAUCAACAAGUUCUGUGAGUUCAUGAUGCACAGAGGAGCAGUGACUGAUGCAGAUUUAGCAGACGGUUGGGUUAAGGUUAACUUGAAAUCCAGUGCACAGAAAGAUGGAUGCAGUUGUGGGGUUUUUGUUCUCAAUGUCCCUUUUCAGAACGCUGAAUGUGUGGUAAAUGAAAAAGAUCCACUAAGGAUGCGACAGGUUCAUCCUGAUAACUUCAGGGAAUAUGUCAGGAACCGUCUGAUAGGAGAAGGUGUCCCAUGUGGUACAACUAAAUGUGAUGGCCUGUUUUCCCGGAAAACGAGAGGGCCAUCAAACUGGAUACAAUGUGAUAUAUGUCAUAGAUGGUGGCACAAGGUCUGCGGCAAUGUUGACAGGAAACUUGUGAUUGAGGAGUACUUCUGUGUGAUAUGUGAAGCACAAUAUUAUUGA